AUGGCUUCCUCGAAGCCUAUCAACGCGAGUGCUACCAAGAGCGUCACAGGUCCUGCUAAGACUGAUCUUGAUGGACACAAUCUUCCUCCAUCCCCAGCCCCGUCAAGUCCUCGGAAUGGCCGCCGACGCUAUGCUUUGGCAACUGAAUUGGUCUACACCGAAGGCAAGGACCAGUAUGGUGCCUCAAGCAUCCCUAUCUACCAAUCUGCAACAUUCAAGCAGACUUCGGCUGCUGGCGGUCAGCAAGACUAUGACUACACACGAUCCGGCAACCCGACUCGAACGCAUCUCGAGAGACAUCUCGCCAAGAUUAUGAAUGCAAAUCGCGCACUUGCUGUGAGCUCCGGUAUGGGUGCUUUAGAUGUCAUCACUCGUUUGUUGCGCCCCGGCGACGAGGUUAUCACCGGAGACGACUUGUAUGGUGGUACCCAUCGCUUGCUCACGUAUAUGGCCACGAAUCAGGGCAUCAUUGUGCAUCAUGUUGACACCACAAAAGUCGAUGCCGUUCAGGCGAGAAUAUCCGACAAAACAGCCAUGGUUUUACUAGAGACUCCGACGAACCCCUUGAUUAAGAUAGUAGACCUAGCGUCUAUUGCUCAAAUGGCUCAUGACGCCAAUUCCAAGGCUCUGGUUGUAGUUGACAACACCAUGCUCUCUCCGAUGCUGUGCAAUCCGUUGGAUCUGGGGGCAGACAUUGUCUACGAAUCCGGCACCAAGUAUUUAUCUGGGCACCACGACAUCAUGGCUGGUGUCAUUGCUUGCAACGAGGCAUCCAUCGGAGACAAACUAUUCUUCACAAUCAAUUCGACUGGUUGCGGUCUGUCUCCUAACGACUCGUUUCUCCUUAUGCGUGGUGUCAAGACUCUUGCUAUACGCAUGGAGAAGCAACAAGCCAGCGCGCAGGCGAUUGCUGAGUUUCUUGAGUCUCACGGGUUUCGUGUUCGGUACCCAGGCCUCCAGUCGCAUCCGCAAUAUGAUUUGCAUUGGUCUAUUGCGCGGGGAGCUGGUGCCGUUUUGUCUUUCGAGACUGGAGAUGCAGCCAUGUCGGAGCGAAUCGUGGAGGCUGCAAGGCUAUGGGCAAUCAGUGUCAGUUUUGGCUGCGUGAAUAGCCUCAUCAGUAUGCCGUGUCAAAUGAGUCAUGCAAGCAUUGAUGCAAAGACACGUAGAGAGAGGCAAAUGCCCGAAGACAUCAUUCGUCUCUGUGUAGGGAUAGAAGAUGUGAAUGAUCUGAUUGAGGAUUUGUCCCGUGCGCUCGUUCAAGCUGGAGCCGUGACUGUUACAUUGGACGGGUUUCAUGCAACUGGUGCUGCAGCAGAGCUAGGCAAGACACCACUCACCCAAGAGUAA